AUGCCUUACGAGACUAUUCAAAUCAACACACCGCCACCUUAUUUAACACUAAAUCGUUCUGAAAAAUUACCCACUGUAUUAAUCAUCGCUGGUUCUGACUGUAGUGGUGGAGCAGGCAUUGAAGCAGAUUUGAAAACUAUAACAGCACAUAGAUGUUAUGCUGAAACAUGUAUCACUGCAGUUACUGUACAGACUCCUGUCUCUGUCUUUGACGUUCAUAAUAUUCCAAAGAGCAUAAUAAGUGGAAUUUUAGAUAAUAAUUUGAGAGAUAUGAAAUGUGAUGUGAUAAAGACCGGUAUGUUAACAUAUGAUGCGAUUAUUUCUUUAAAUGAAAAGUUAGAAAAGCUCGAUGAAUUACCUAAGCUAGUGAUCGAUCCCGUUCUUGUAGCCACUUCUGGUUCUACAUUAACAAAAGACGAGCUAGUUGGGUUAAUGAAAGAAAAAAUCACUCCUUGGGCAACACUAUUGACUCCAAACAUCCCAGAAUGUUUUAAAUUAAUUGGCGAAGAAAGGAAUAUCAGGAACCUUGAUGAUGUUUUUCAGCUAGCUAAACAGGUGAUGUCAGCUUGUAGUUGCUCAAAUUUGUUAGUCAAGGGUGGUCACAUACCAUGGGACUCUAGCGAUAAAAAAUAUAUCACUGAUGUCCUGCUACUUGGCAAAGAAAAAAAGUUCAUUGUAUUCAAGGGCCAUUAUGUCGAUACCGCUAACACGCAUGGUACUGGAUGCUCUCUGGCUUCCUCCAUUGCAUCGAACUUAGCUCGUGGUUAUUCUCUACCUCAAGCUGUAUACGGUGGGAUUGAAUACGUACAAAACGCGGUAGCUAUUGGCUGUGAUGUCACUAAAGAUCAUGUAAGGAUAAAUGGACCAAUUAAUCACAUUUAUGCCGUAGAAAUACCACUCGAGAAAAUGAUUGCAGAUGAAUGUUUUGAAGCGGAUCAUAUUUUAGAUAAAUAUUCUAUGAAAUUGGCCAAUAAUAUUGGUAUUGGAAAACCAUUAGAGAAACCAAGCUUUGUCAAGUAUUUACAAGAACACCCAAGAGUAAAACCUCAUUGGCAAUCAUAUAUCAAACACGAUUUCGUCAAGAAAAUAGCUGAUGGAACUUUGGAACCUUCAAAAUUUCAAUUUUUUGUGGAACAAGAUUACUCAUACCUCAUUGAUUACGCCAGAGUGCAUUGUAUAGCGGCAAGUAAGAUGCCUUCAUUUGAAGAUAUGGAAAAGGAAUUGACUAUUGUAGGUGGUGUCAAGAAUGAAAUGCAACAUCAUAGAGAAAGACUACAAAAUCAUUUCAACGUGACGGAAUCUGAGUACUUUGACAACAUUUCAAGAAGUACAGCUUUGAAAAACUAUUCAAGGUACUUCAACGAUGUUGCUAAGAGAGGUAACUGGCAAGAACUGGUUACUGCUUUGACACCAUGUCUUAUGGGAUAUGGCCAUGCAUUAUAUACAUUCGAAGAUUCGAUUUCAACCAAAAAUCCUUUGUAUCUGGACUGGUUGAGUGUGUAUUCAUCAGAAUGGUACCGUAAAGCGAUGGAAGAUGGUGAAAUUCUCAUGAACCACGUUUUGCAAACCUAUCCCUCCGAAAAUGUCGAGGCUUUGGUACAAAUCUAUGCUGAUGUUUGCGAACUUGAAACUAAAUUUUGGGACUCUGCUUUGAACUUUUCCCCAGAGAAUAACUAA